AUGUUUGGGCUUCCCCUUUCACUAAGCCAUCAUGAAUUGUAUGAGAACUGUCGCGAUGCAUUGUUCAAAUGCGGAAAUAUCUCCGCCGGAUUUCCUUUCUUCGGAGGUCUUCGAGUGCCGGAUUGCGGACGACGUGUUCUCGAACUUCACUGUGACAAUAAUAAUAAAACAACGAUCGUGAUCGCCGAUAUAAAAUAUCAGGUUCUGGCCAUCAAUCGGGAUCUUCAUAUUCUAACGAUUGCGAGGGAAGAUCUCGUCAACGACGGCCUUUGUAACCCUCUAAUUCCGAUUCGAAACUCAGUCUUCGAUUUCGAGUUGUUUUCACCUGGUCCUGAUUAUACCGAUGUUACUUUGUUUUACGACUGCCCAUCUUCCGUCUCGUUACGGAGUCUUGGAUUAUUCUCUUGCGAUAACGUCAGUUCAACUUACAGUAACGUUUCCGUUGGGAUACCGGGGAACAGCCGACCGGCGAGAUGUUCGGCUAAUGUUACUGUUCCGAUUCUUAAAACUGCAAUGGAAGGAGGGCUGAAUUCUUCCUCGGGAUUGGAAGGAGCCUUGAGAAGAGGAGUGGAGGUAGAGUGGAAGGACAGCGGAGAAUGUGGGAAGUGUAAUGAUUCCGGCGGAGCCUGCGGUUUCUUUGGCGGAGAGAAUCAAACUAUAUUCUGCCACUGCCCAUUCAUGUUUGAGAAUUUGCCCGAUGACCGACACUGCCGACGCGUUGUUUCCUCAUCGUCUUCUGGAAUCAAUGACCGAGGAUCCAAGUCCAAAUCGAAGCCGAAUAUAAGAUUUAUAGGAUUGACAGUUGCUGUAACGGUCUCAAUUGUAUCGGUUACUGCUGUAUGCUUCAUUGUUCUAAGGCUCAAGGGGAAAUCCUUAUCAAAUCAUCUAUGCCAUGGAAAGAAGGACGACAAUGCCAGGAUUGAGGAAUUCAUCACAAUGUUCGGUUCUCUAGCUCCCCAUCGAUAUUCUUACGGUGACAUUAAGAAAAUGACAAACAGGUUUCGAGAUAAAUUAGGUGGCGGAGGAUACGGCAGUGUGUACAAAGGGACGUUGUCGGACGGCUGUCUCGUGGCGGUUAAAAUAUUGAACGAAUCCAAGGAAAACGGAGAGGAAUUCAUGAACGAAGUAGCUAGCAUUGGCAGAACUUCCCAUGUCAAUAUAGUAACGCUUCUUGGUUUCUGUUUCGAGAGAUCAAAGAGAGCUCUGGUCUAUGAAUUCAUGCCCAACGGAUCAUUAGAUAGGUUCAUUUAUCACAAAGGAUCGUGUGAUCGGAGUCGUCGACUCGGGUGGAAAACUCUGUACGACAUCGCGCUCGGCAUUGCUCGAGGACUCGAAUACUUGCACCGAGGCUGCAACACGAGGAUCCUGCACUUUGACAUAAAGCCUCACAAUAUCCUCUUAGAUGCCAACUUCUGUCCCAAGAUCUCCGAUUUCGGUCUGUCUAAAUUAUGUGAAAGAAAGGAGAGUGUUAUCACAAAUACAGGUACAAGAGGGACCGUGGGAUACAUAGCUCCGGAAGUGUUUUGUCGGAACUUCGGCGGAGUUUCUCAUAAAUCAGAUGUCUAUAGCUAUGGGAUGCUGCUGCUUGAAAUGACUGGAGGAAGAAGAAAUGUUGAUGUUGAAGGUUGCGAAAGUAGUGAAAGGGAUUUUCCCUUGUGGAUUUAUAACAAUUUUGAUAGGUCAAUGAAUUUGAAUCUUAAUGGAGGGAUAGCGGAUGAGGAAGAAGAAAUAACAAGGAAAUUAGUCACGGUGAGCCUUUGGUGCACUCAAACCAAUCCAUUAGAUCGACCAUCAAUGACUAAAGUGUUGGAAAUGUUGCAAGGGAACCCUGGUUCAUUACUACUUCCUCCACGACCCACUUAAAUUUCGACGUUACCAUAGAGAUUGACGAAUUCCUAAAGAACCGGCGUACUCGGGCCUAAUACGUUGCCGUAUUCUUGCAAAUUUUUGUCU